AUGGCUCCUGAGGAUCCGGUCACCAUGAGUCCUCUUCCUACACCUUCCCUCAGAACCAAGAUCUCUCGCCGGUUCAUCGAGUCCCUGGUGAAGAUCAGAGCAUCGCGUGAUGCAGCAACCGGAGGUAAUAUCCGGAAACGCGCUCAGAGGAUAAAGAUCGCUGCCUACUCGAGCAUGGCUCGUGUGACUGGAUCGAGGAGGGCCUGGAGCCGAGCCCUUCUUGCGAAGCUACGGAGCCGAGCCAAGCGCCGUCGCCAUUUGCAGAACCAGAGACGCUUGGGCUUGAAGAGAAAGAGAGCCGGCUCCAGAAAUAUGGUGCUGAACGAGGUGAGCCGAGCCAAUGAGCUCCGGCGGCUAGUCCCCGGUGGCAAAUCCAUGGAUCUUUGCAACUUGCUGGAGGAAACGAGUCAUUUCAUCCAGUGCCUCACAGCUCAGGUUAAGGUCAUGCAGAGUAUAGCGGAUCAGUACUCGGUUUAA